AUGGCUGAUCCGACUACCAAACUACAAAUCUCCCUCAUUGGGGCCCACUCCGACGGCUUUGUGAAGGCCCUACAAGCAAACAAUUUUGACAUCGAGCAAUGUGGCUCGGUUUCCGAUCGCAAGAAAAGCGCGGUGAAUCUCUCGGUGCUUGCUCUUACCGGUGAGGAGCAUACGCUCUCCGAAAGCGAUAUCGACAAGACGCUACGCGCUGGGACCGUGCUUGCUCUAUUCGGACCAAGUCGCGCCCUCUUGGAGACUGUUCACAAAGCUACGAACACCCCCAUUGACAUUCCAAGCCUGGAGCUGGCCGAUGGAUUACCGCUCCUGGUAUACAACGUGAAUGGCGUGGUGCACGUUACUCCGAACAACGUUCCCAGUGAAGCCAAGGUCCAGGAGCUCGUGCGAAGCACUCUUGAGAAAGAUGGCAAGGCUCCCCCAGAAGAGUCCUUUUCGGUGUCUACAGUGUCAGUCGAUCCCCAUGAACAAGCCGUAAUGUCCAUCUCUCGUGCCGUUUCCAUGACAAAGACCUCGCGAUGCCCCGUUUCCAAUCUCGAACCGCCCUCCGGUGUGAUUGGUUUCAAGAAGGGCACCAUCGACAACACGGCCCACAUCGAAAUCACUUGGCUGGCAUGGAACGCGGACGGCAUCUACGACUUCUACACUAAGGAUCCGCAAUAUAUCCAGAAGUUUGACCUGAACUGGUACACCGAUUUCUACGUGUACGCAACAGGUGCCGAUUGUAGGGGUAAGACUGGCGACGAGUUCACUAAAGCAGGCGGCCUUGUGUACACCCUUGUUAUCGACCGUGGUAACGUGCGACGUUCGUCAGACGGCGCCCCGCGAUUCCUGGGGCCUACGAGUGGCUAUUGUGGUUAUUACUUCAUUGACUGGAACCGGACGGGGAACUUUUCCCCAGGCUUCACGAUGGAUCUGCUGUCAUAUCAGCCUCGCGACCCUGCUUCGCAGAACGGGACAAGAUACAAUUACUCCAUCGACUUCCAGCAAGACAUGCAGAUGCUCAAUGACAAUGGUGAUUCAAAGUACACGUUCAAGGCCCAGUACUCCAAUGAUUUCACUUUGGAAAAAUUCCAGCAACACGCCAUAGAGCUUGACUCGGGGGUCGAUUUUUCUGUUGACUACAAGGAUGGCUAUGACCACUGGGUCGAUCCGCAAUUAUCUACCGACACUUGGUAUUACCCUGGUAUUACCCAGUGGGUCAACAGAGAAGGAUAUGAGCAUUUCAUCAUCCGGGAAGACAUGCCAGCAGAUGAUUUGCCCAUCAACGGCUUGACAGUCCUCUCAUCGAGUGUUGGCAAGCAUUGGUUCUCAUCUGCGUACUCCACAGCGUGCAGGGCCUUCAAGUCUAAUUGCUGGCGCACCACCAGUGAUGGUCACAAUGUUGAGUUCCAAACCAUCCCAAUCACGUACGGGAAUGGAAAUGGGUGGCUCCGUACCUUGGAUUUGACUUGGUCGUAA